AUGGCGGCGCCCAUGUUGCUGCCCGAGUCCCCUCUGGGGAAGUUGAGCCAUCAAAAAUACAGAGCUAUUCUGAAGAAAGAAAAGCGGAAAAAAAAGCGGCAGGCACUUGCCAAACUAAGAGACUCAGAAGCUACAGAAAAAGAUGAAUCGGUGUCUGAGGAGGAAGAGGAGGAACUGGAAGAAGAGGAGGAAGAAGAAGAAGAAGAAAAAAAACUUGAGGCAGAAAGACAAAAACUACACGAGCAGUGGUUGCUGAGGGAAGAAAAGGCCCAAGAAGAGUUCAAGCUUAAGAAAGAAAAAGAAGAGGCUGCAAGAAAGCGUCAGGAAGAAGAAGAGAGGAAGAUCAAAGAAGAAUGGGAAGAGCAGCAAAGAAAAGAGAGAGAAGUGGCACAGCAGAAGCAACAGGAGAAGAGAGAGAGAGAGGCAGCUGUGCAGAGGAUGCUGGAUCAAGCUGAAAGCCAGCUGGAGAAUGGUGUGACCUGGCAUAACCCAGAGCCCCCAGAGAAUAUAGGAACAGAGAAGGAUAGAGCGAAUUGCCCAUUCUAUAUUAAAACAGGUUCCUGCCGAUUUGGAGACAGGUGUUCUCGCAAGCAUAACUAUCCAACAUCUAGUAAGACACUACUUGUCCGAGGCAUGUUCAUUACUUUUGGCAUGGAGCAGUGCCGGAGAGAUGACUAUGACACAGACGCAAGUCUCGAGUACAGUGACGAGGAGACCUACCAGCAGUUCCUGGAGUUCUAUGAGGACGUGCUCCCCGAGUUUCAGAAUGUGGGGAAGGUUGUUCAAUUCAAGGUCAGUUGCAACUACGAGCCUCACCUGCGAGGAAAUGUGUAUGUCCAGUAUCAGUCGGAGAAGGACUGUCAGGCAGCUCUUGCUCUGUUCAGUGGACGAUGGUAUGCAGGCCGACAGCUUCACUGUGAAUUUUGUCCUGUGACAAGGUGGAAAACUGCUAUAUGUGGCUUAUUUGAAAGGCAGAAGUGUCCAAGAGGGAAACACUGCAACUUUCUUCAUGUAUUCAAAAAUCCAAACAAUGAGUUUUGGGAGGCCAAUAGAGACAUACGUAUUUCUCCUGAACGGACUAAUCAGUUGUCUAAAAACUCUGAAAGGAGAAACAGAACAAGCCAUCGUGAUGACUAUUACAGCCGGUCAAGGAGAAGGGGCAGCCCAAGCCCAGAUCAUUCUUACCGGAGAAAUGGAGAAUCUGAGAGAAAAAAGAAUCGCCGCAAAAACAAGAGAAGGCGCCGGUCUGGCAGGUCAAGAAGUCGAGAAAGGAGGAGGUCUCACAGCAGGGGGAGAAAGAGGAGAGGCCGCAGUCGCAGCAGAAGUCAUAGUCGAACACGCAGUAGGAGCAGAAGUCGGAGUUCCUCUCGAUCCAGGAGCAGGGGUAAAAAGAGAUCAAGCAGCAGAGGAAAAAAUAGUGAAACUCCCAAAACAAAGUGA